AUGCAUACGAGGGCCUGGGUUGGGCCACUUUCGAGUGAUGAGCUGAACAAAGAGCACACCACAGGAAAAGACGUCCAGUUUGCCGCUGUAUGUCGGGGGAUCUGCCAGUGCCUCGGGAGACAUGUAGGUAUUGGUUCCGGGGCAGUAGGUGGGAGUGAGGCGAGGGUCGCUGCCCAACAGUUUGGCCAUGCCAAAGUCGGUCACCUUGGCUCGCCGGCUGCCGAUCAGGAGGACGUUGUUGCUGCUGAGGUCGCGGUGCAGCACCUCGUGGCGAUGGAGGUGGGAGAGAGCCUGUGCCACGUCGUGGCCAAUGUCCACCUGCACGUGGAGAGGGAGAGGGGGAGGGUCCGCUGGCCGCUCCAGGAAGCUGGUCAGGCUCUCGUCCAUCAGCUCCAUGAACAGGACGGGCAUUCGAGUGCCGGGGUCCGCACACGAGCCCAGGUACUGGAUGACGUUGGGGUGCCUCAGGCCGCUCAGGAAGUCGAUCUCUCGCUGGAAGCGCUCCACGAUGCGGUAGGCGGCGGGGUCUCUGGUCUGGAAGAGGAUGGGGUGCAGGACUUUGGCGGCGCAGACGAGCUGGUCACACUUGGCCCUGUACACUGCUCCGUACGAGCCGUUCCCCAGUGAGUUCUCCUCCGACUUGACCAGUCGGACGUUGCGGAAACCAAAGCGACCUUGGAGUCGCUGAGCUGCCAUUUUAGGUAGUCUCGUG